GCUUUAGUCAAAACCCCUGAAAAAUAACUAAAAAAGUAGUAUUCCUGUGAGUCGGAAUGGACUGGUUGGCAAUGAGCAUAUAACUAUUGGUAAACGUGCUCUGGAAAAUAUGGAGAAAUACAUUGUAACUUCCCCUCUGAUUCAGGGAAUCUAUAAGCGUUGAGGUAAACCUGGUGGCGUAGUGGUUAAGUGCUAUGGCUGCUAACCAAAGGGUAGGCAGUUGGAAUCCAACAGGCACUCCUUGGAAAUUCUAUGUGGCAGUUCUACUUUGUCCUAUAGGUCUCUAUGAGUCAGAAUCGACUCAACAGCACUGGGUUUGGUUUGGGUUUGGGUAUGAGCAUUGAAUGAGAUCAUAUUCCCGGUAUUGUUGUCAGUUAAAAAUAAAAAAAAUAAUAAUAAUGGAGAGUUAAAAAUAAUGAUGAAGUGGACUACAUGAGUAUUCGAAGGGCAUCAGAUGACUAAAUAAGAAAGGACUAAAAUGAGAAUGAAAACACAGGACUAAAAGAGCAAUAUGUCAAAAAAAAUGUAAGCUCAUUGUUUUUACCAGGGUGUUACAUUAAUUUUAGAACCCUAAAGUAAUUGUACAUUCAGGAAAGAAUCAAAGAAUAACUUGUAGAUAUACAAGGUUAUGUCUCCUUUAAGAAGCUCUGGUGAAAAGCAGUGGCUAAAUGCUUGGGUGCUAACUGAGAAGUGAGUGUUUCGAACUCACAAUCCUAACAGCAGGAAGAGAUAGGACAGUUUGUUUCCUUAAAGAUUACAGCCUUGGAAAACCUGUGCCAGCCAUUCUACUAUGUCCUUUAGGGUCACUAUGAAUAGGACUCGACAGCAAUAUGCAAUCUGCAUAUCCCCUUAAACAUCCACGUAUUUUUUGCAAAAUUCAAACAAUAUUGUGGGCAUUUACAAAUGCCGUUUUCCUGAGCCAGGCUAUCUCUUAUGAUUCUCAGUCUCAGUAUUCUAAUGAUGGUGGUCUUAUGUCUCCUACUUCUCCUGAUCUUACCUUUAUAAUUUUUCCUUUAGCACUAAAUUUACAUUCUUUGUUUUCUUAGUGCUAUUAAUAAACAUGAACUUUUAGAAUGACAGAAUGGUGAAAUGCACAUGUUUUCUGAAACUGCUAUCCUGAAGAAAACUACUGAAGUUCUGUCACUCAAGAACAAUUUCCUGGGUUCAAAAUCCAGCUCAUCACUGACUAUACUGUGUAAUCUCAAACAAGGUCCUUCAGUUACAUAUACAUCAGUUUUCUUAAGGAAAUUAUGGGGCUACCUGUUUUAUAGUUUAUAGUGUUACUUGGAGAUGUAAAUUAAUUAAUACAUUUUAAUGUUUUAGCUCAAUAUUUGAAAUGGUAAAUGUUAUAUAAGUAUGUUAUUAUCAUUAAUAUUGUUACUAAUUUCUAUUAGCUUUACUUCAGAAUUUCUCUAGCAAUAAUCAUGGCGUUAACUGUAGGAAAUCAGAGUACUGGAGCCACAUUCACCCUCUUGGGCUUCUCAGAAUACCCAGACCUCCAGGUGCCCCUCUUCACGAUGUUCCUGGCCAUCUACAUGGUCACUGUGGUGGGGAAUCUGGGCAUGAUUGUGAUCAUCAGGAUCAACCCCAAACGCCACACCCCCAUGUACUUUUUCCUCAGUCACUUGUCUUUUGUUGAUUUCUGCUACUCCAGUAUAGUUACACGCAAACUAUUAGAAAACUUGGUUGUGGGAGACAGAACCAUCUCCUUCACAGGGUGCAUCAUGCAGUUCUUCUUGGCUUCUAUAUUUGCAACUGCAGAAACAUUCAUAUUGGCAGUUAUGGCCUAUGACCGUUUUGUGGCAGUUUGUAACCCCCUGCUUUACACCGUUGUCAUGUCCUCAAAGAUCUGUGCAUCAUUAGUGGCCAGGCCCUGUGCAUGGGGUAUAGUUACUUCCCUGACACUUACUUAUUUUCUUCUGGCAUUAUCCUUCUGUGGUUCUACUAUCAUAAAUAACUUUGUCUGUGAGCACUCUGUCAUUGUUUCUGUCUCCUGCUCUGAUCCGUAUAUCAGCCAGGUGCUUUGCUUUGUCAUUGCCAUGUUCAAUGAGGUGAGCAGCCUGAUGAUCAUCCUCACUACUUAUAUUUUCAUUUUCAUUACUGUCAUAAAAAUGCCUUCCAAUGGGGGGCGCCAAAAAGCCUUCUCCACCUGUGCCUCCCACUUGACCACCAUCACCAUUUUCCAUGGGACUGUCCUGUUCCUCUAUUGUGUACCCCAUCCCAAAACCUCAUGGCUCAUCGUCAAAGUAGGAUCUGUGCUUUACAUAGUGGUCAUCCCCAUGCUGAACCUCCUGAUCUACAGUCUCAGGAACAAAGAUGUGAAGGAGACUGCCAGAAAGUUAACGAGCCACACAAUACAAUCUUGAAGAUUGAUUUAUUUCUGGAAAGAAUUUGCUUUAUGAUGUUGAAUAUUGUUCAGUGUCUCUAGAAGAGAUGCUAAUUCAAAUUAUCUAGUCAAUAUACCCAUCUGAAUUUUACAUCUAUUACAAUACACCAGUUAUCUGAUAAUUUGAUCUCCAGUUACUUGAAUCUUUAGCAAAAUACUUUUGAAUCGUAUGUGAAGUAAAUCAAGUGUAGUGGAUUGAAUAGUGUCUCCCCCCAAAAUACUCAUACCCACUUAGAACUUCAGAAUAUGACCUUUUUGGAAAUAGGGUCUUUGAAGACAUAGUUAAGCUAAAGAUUAAAAAUAAAAUCAUACCUCCUUAAAAUGAAAACUGAUUGCCAUGGAAUCAAUUCCCAUUCAUACCAACACUAUAGGACAGAGUAGAACUGCACCAUAGGAAUUCCAAGGCUGCAAUCCUUUUGGAAGCAGACUGCUACAUCUUUGUUCUGUAGAGCAGCUGGUGCAUUCAAACUGCCAACCUUUGGGCCGUGUUCUUAACUGCAGCGCCACCAGGAAUCCUUCAUACUCUCUUAGGCUGGGCCAUAAAUCCAGUGAGAAUCUCAUUAUGAGAAGUAGCCAAGGACACAGAGUCACAUAGGGAAGAAGGCCAUGUGGAGAUGGGGGCAGAACUUGGAGUUAUGCUGCUACAAGCCUUGGAACACAAGGAACCAUCGGAAGCUGGAAGAGUCAAGGAAGAAUUUUCUCCUGAUGCCUUCAAAGAGAACAUGUCCCUGCCAGUACCAUGAAUUCAAACAUUUGGCUUCCAGAACUGCAAACAAAUAAAUUUCUGUUGUUUUAAGCUACGAAGCUUGUGGUGAUUUCUUUUGGCAGUCCUAAGAAACUAAUACAAUAAGUAAACAUCAAACUGUAAAACUCAAAUUCCUUGAUUCACAUAUUGACAUUGUGAAUGAUUAAAACACAAACAAAAAAACAUUCUUCAAUCCGACUUAAGCAAUAUGGGUGUCAUAGUUACAGAGAAAUUCUGAAAAAUUAUAACUGACUAGGGUUAUGCAUAUAGGAGAAUUAGCAAUAAGAGCCUGGAGGCACCAUCCCUAAACUUCAACCAAGUUCUUUAUUCCUUUUUCCCCAAGGCCGUAUAUAUAUGUUUGUUAUUGUACAGGAAGUGAUGGUAAAUAUGAUAUCACUGAGUGUGAAGACAAAAUGUUGAUUUUUAUGUGACGGUCCUGAUGGGUAACCAAGGGAACAAAAAUUAAAAAUCAUAAUUAUGAACCUCACAGUCUAAUGUGUCAAACUCUCUCCUUCCUAACACCAAUAGCUUCUUAGUAACAUCAUUUUAGAAAGAAUACCGGCUGCUAAAGACAUAGAACCUUAAACGUUGAUAUCAACCUUCUGAUAUCAUACAUAUCAGAGCAAAGGAACACACUGAAAGAGACAGAAAAGCAGAAAAUGGACAUGUAGAGGCAAAUGUAAAAUAAUCAGCAUGAUAAGAUAUUAAAACAUAUGUUGACUUAAUGGAUGAAUGAGUUAAACCUAUUAAAUAUACCAAAAAAGACCCCAUUGCCAGUCAAGUCAAUUCCGACUCAUAGCGACCCUAUAGGACAGGGUAUAACUGCUCCAUAGGGUUUCCAAGGAGCACCUGGUGGAAUCGAACUGCUGACCUUUUGGUUAGCAGCCAAACUAUUAACCAUUAUGCCACCAAGAUUGUUACAAAAAAAGAAAAGCACCAGAUCUUACCAUCUUACCAAUGUGAUUUUAGCACUUAGCAGUGGUUUUUACGCCUCAAUGUUUAUACGUGUCACCCAAGCUCCUUCUUAAAUGUGGAUAUGAUUGUGUCCCAUUCCUAGGAAUUCUGAUUUGGGCCUAGGAAAGUUCAUAACCUAGAAUUCUAGGCAAUUGUAUUAUAGAUGUGGCAAGGAUCUCUGAUGUGAGAAAUCCUGCCUUAAAAAAAUUAGCUUAGUUUUGUUAAUUCCAUAGGACAUUUAGUAAUGUGCAAAUAAAGCCUGGUAGGCAACUUCAUGCUGCAAAUUUUCUAUGUGAUUACAAGGAAAUUUCAGUCAUUAACAAUGGUACAAAGAACCUGGCACUUGCCUUAAUUAAUUGGCUUGAGACACAGAUGCUAGUGAUUCCCCAGAGUUGGAGUCCCAAGGGCUGUAGAGGUAGACGUAAUAGCUGCAGUGCUCCCGAAACACUCGGGUUACAGAGAAACAGGACAGUGGUGGCCUGUUUCUCUGCAGCAGGUGAGUUGCCUCAGGGUUUUUAAUGAACCGGUGAAAAUAUUAUUUUCCUGAUGUGUUAACUGUGGUCUUCUCUGAUUUUUCUUUCAAUAUUAAGUCACUGUAACUGCUAAGUCUGAGCCCCAUCAUAUUAAAGAGAGAAGUUAAUAUGGAAAUAUUUAUCUUUAUUAUCCAUUGACAGCAAUUUCACAAAGAAUAGAAUAAACUUUCUGCUUAAAAAUGGAUAUUUAUCCUUAUCCUCUUUACAUGCACCUUAAAUUGGUAUAUAAACUUUUCUAAGAAUUGAGUCAACAAGUUAUAAUUUAUAUGCAAACAUGACUUUCUACUUAGUCCUGUUAUAACUCUAAUUUGAUAAAUCUUGGAACCGCUAAAAUAUAUACAUACAUGCAUGUAUACAUGAUACAUGUGUGCAUAUACAUAUACAUACACAUAUACAUAUAUAUUUAUCAGCUGCUGUUGAGUCAAUUACAACUCAUAGCAACCCUAUAGGACAGAGUAGAACUGCCCUAUAUGAUUUCUGAGGCUGUAAAUCUUUAUGGAAGCUGACAAGUAUAUCUUCAUCCCAUGGAGAAGCUGGAGUUUUGAAUCGCUGACCAUUAAGUUAGCACCCGAGCACUUUAACCACGACUCUACUCAAACCAAAACUAAACCCAUUCCCAUCCAGUUGAUUUGGACUCAUAGCGACCCUAUAGGACAAAGUAGAACUGUCCCAUAGAAUUUCCAAGAAGCAACUGGUGGAUUCAAACAGCCCAUCUUUUUGGUUAGCAGCCAAACUCUAAACCACUGUGCCACCUCUACUCUACCAGGGCUCCUCAUAUAUCUGUGUGUGUGUGUAUAUAUAUAUAUAAUGCCUAGGUUGUA